CGUACAAUUACCAUUUCCUUCUGUAGUACUUGGAGCCGAAAGCACCAGAAAGUGUUGUCACAUAUGAGCGACUUAUUACUUCGAUCAAACAUGGAAUAUAUAUUUAUACUGUCGUUGAUUGGCCUCCUAGGAGCACCAUCCAGUGGGCAGGACACCAAAGAAUGCGAGAUCGAGCCGGCGGACGUCGUGUUUGUCCUGGAUUCUUCCUACAGUAUCUGGCCACCAGACUUCUACAAAGAGGUCACAUUCAUGGAGAAGGUCAUUGAGACGUUCAACGUCGGCCCCGGACGUCAAGACACCCGUAUUGCGGCCCUGACGUUUGGACAUAGGGUCUGGCCAAAAUUUUACCUCAACACCUACUUUGACAAGACACGGAUGUUGCGGGCGGCUAAGGCUAUAACCUACGGCGAGGGACAGACGACCAACACAGGGGACGCCCUCGCCUUCGUGCGCAACAUCAUGCUCGAAAGACGGGCAGGUGCGCGAAAUAACACGACCAAAAUCGUCGUUGUCGUCACGGACGGGAUGUCCCAGAAAACCUGGUUCACCCAGGAAGUUGCCAAGACCCUCCAAGACGAAGGGGUUUUCCUGUUUGCCGUCAGUGUGGGCAUGCGUCUGGAUAACCGGGAACUAGCAGGCAUCGCAAGUGACCCUGACGACCAAUACUAUUUCAGCAUCGACAAGUACUCUGAGAUGUCCUAUAUCAAACGGACCAUGGAGCAGCGGAUAUGUGCGCAGAGGUCCCCCGAGAACAUCACAGAUACAACGGCAGAAUUCAAAGGAACGGAGGAAGUCCUCAUUCUAGACUGUGACGGGAAGGCCGCCGACAUUUAUUUCGUCAUUGACUCCUCCUACAGCAUAAAUUCGGAAAACUUCGCGAAGGAGAUGGAAUUUAUUCACAGUGUCGUCGACGUUCUUGACAUUGGGCCGAACAAAACGCGUGUCGGCGUUAUGACGUUUAGCGAUGACGUCGAGUUUCUUAUCCGAUUGGAGCACAAUUUGUCGAAACAAGAGCUUCUGAUGUUCUCAAAUAACGCAAAAUAUGUCGGUGGUGGCACGGAUACGGCGAACGCGUUACGUCGAUUACGUGAGGAGGGAUUUUACGGGAAUACCGUACAGGAACGUGAUAUCGUUGCGAGAAUAGCUAUAAUUCUUACAGACGGUCUAUCUGUAUCACCGGAAUCUACGGCGACGGAGGCUAACAUGCUAAGAAAGGUCGGUGUUCAAAUUUUCUCCAUCGGGAUCGGUGAAGGUAUAGACAAAAAGGAGCUUAUCGACAUCGCCAGCAAGCCAACUGACAAGUACGUCCUACACGUGGAUGAUUUUGGCGCGCUGAUGAACAUCCGUCUCAAGCUGGCCGCCCGAUCGUGCACCGUUGAGCCAACCAAUGGGAAACCGUUCGCUGGGGACCAGGCUGUAUGCCACCCGAUGAAGGACACAGACUUACUGUUUGUAUAUGACGCGCUAGAAUUGGGCAGUUGGCGAUCCCAGGCCAUCUCUCAGUUCGUCGAGAAGAGUCUUGCUUCCUUCAACCUCGUCACAGACCGCUUCCGUGUAGGCAGGGAGAUCGAAAACUGUCCGCGAGGUAACAUACCGCUAGGUGGCGCAAUGCACCCAUCAGAUUUUGGAGCUGUUCACUUUUCGUCGUUUACGGACUUAUUGAACAAGGUUCACCGAAUGAAAUUCUCGAGAGAAAAUGGCGGGAGAGAAAACACGACAAAAAUGGUGGUGUUGUUUGUUGACUCCUCGCAGAGAAUGAAUUAUGAAACAUUUUUGGCAGCCAGAAACAUCAAAAACAGUGUGGAUUACUUCUUUUUGGUGUCAGUCGGCAAGGGUAUGUACAAUAGACAGUUCGAGGAGUUAUCGGGCAGUGGGUAUACAUUGAAAACAGAAUACGAUGCCUUAGCAGACCAGUCGAACAUUCUCAUGACAUCUGUCUGUGACUUUUUCUUCACUAGUUCAUUUGAUCAAUUUGACUUUGGAUUUUAACAUAACCGGUGCCUUAUGAAUAGUAGUCACUAGCUAGAACAUCACUAAUAUGUGAUUAUAUGGGAUAAAUGUUUUAUAGAUGUAUGUACAAGGUAGGUUCAAUAAGUUAUGACCUAUUUACAACAUGGUCACUUUUCAAGGUUCAAAUUUGAAUGAAAAAUGCGGGUCAAAAAGGCUUACUUCCAAAAAACAACUAGCACAAUAAAGGCCCAGUACCAUAAAGGCCCAGUACCAUAAAGACCCAGUACCAUAAAGACCCAGUACCAUAAAGGCCCAGUACCAUAAAGACCCAGUACCAUAAAGACCCAGUACCAUAAAGGCCCAGUACCAUAAAGGCCCAGUACCAUAAAGGCCCAGUACCAUAAAGACCCAGUACCAUAAAGGCCCAGUACCAUAAAGGCCCAGUACCAUAAAGGCCCAGUACCAUAAAGACCCAGUACCAUAUAAAGGCCCAGUACAAUAAAGACCCAGUACCAUAAAGGUCCAAUAUAAAAAUAAAUACAUUUGUGUAUUUGUCUGAGGUUUAACGUUCAUUUCUGUGGAAAAAUAUAACAUUCAAAAAUAUAAUAAGUGUGGUUACUUUUUGUUUAAAACAUCGACCCUAGUUAAAAUAGCAAACUUUCAAUAGUUCAAUACUACACAGGUUUAACAGGACACUGUACAAAAAUACAAUAUAAAAUGUAAACGUAUAACUAAGUAUUGUAAUUGCAUUGUACAAGUAGUAUUAAUGAACUAAUUACAAUAAAUCAACAUUUUUCAAUCGUUUUCGUGCAUAAACUAUACAUGUUCAUACUGUACCUUUCGGAUACUUGGCUUUUUCACCCAUAAUGAAUGUAAUUGUUUGAACGUUAGUGCGUUUAUGCGUUAGUUGUAUUCCCACGUUGUUUGUAUGUACUUUUGUCCUAAAUAUAUUUUGAUAUCACAUGUAAUGGGAUAAGAACUAACUUAGAAUUAGUCACUCCCAUGUUGCGAAUGCCCUGUUUAUCCACGUUUUGUAAUUUUAUGUUAGAAUGUUUUAUAGGCUGUAUUUCAAUGCAAGGGAGGGAAUCUCCCAAUGUUUCCAGGAUAGUGCUAACAGUGGAGAGGCCCUUCCAUUCGCUGAACGCAUCUUCUCGAAUACGUCCCUUAUAACAAUAUUAAGAUUACAACACUAUUUUAAUUUAGUAUAAUUUGUGUAAUAUUAUUAAUCUAAAAUGAUACUUACUGAAAUAAGAUGUUUAAAUAUGUUAGGUUUACGAGGAACUGAGGCCAGGGGUCAUUUCGCGAACACACGCAAAGCCCCUUAUGCUUAGCUCACUAUCUUUUAUUUGGUAUUAUAUAUAUGUUAUUCUCAUUUUGAAAAAAGCUCUUAGAACUUUUACUGGAGUUUUCUAUAUGAUCACACGAUAAAAUAUUGUAUUUCUUGUAAAUUAAAGUUUAAAAAAGUUAUUUGGCUAAAUGAAAAAAGAUUCUUGUUCCGUUUAAAAUGUUUUUCGAGAAAUUUAUAUCAGAGAUAAAAAUAUGUAUUGGUUUGCUCUUAGUUUAUUUAAUAAAAUAGUAUACUCAG